ACUUGUAUAACCUGGAUAGGAAACGCAACAGAUAGCCUCAGGUCAUCUACGCCGCGCUACCGGCGAUUGUUUUUCCACCUCUGCGGGGGGUCAUCGCAGAGGCUCAUGGGUAGAUUCACUGACCAGCUCUUCAACUUUUGUCCGCGUAUCGCUUCAAAACAUCCUAAUUUCCAGUGUUUUUCGCUUAUAUACAGACUUGAAAGAUGCCACGCCGAAAGAAAAUGCCAGGUAUUGGCCAGAAAAAGAAGCACUAUAAAAGAAAGGUGACAACUUCAUUGGACAGAGACCACAGCCAUGCUCAAGUGAACCAUCAUAGAACAGAUGAUCAAGUAAUUGUGGAAAGUUCACAAGAUGAGUUUGGAGCUAAAUGGAGUGAAGCCUGGGAUGCCUUCUACCUUGGACAUGGCUCAGGCACUCACAACAGCACUUCCUCCACUGAAGAACCAGAAGAAGUUGAUUCAGACUGCAGUUCCGCUAAUAGGUUCUAUGUCAUUUUACAUAAAGUUUUCUGCUAUGAAUCACAUGUGGACUUAGACAAGUUUGUCGAGAAACUAUGGAGGGAUAGAAGGUUUCAGUUAUUUCAACUUUUGAAGAAUGACAUCAAGAGCCAUACUGAUGCAUUGUCCGACUUCACAAUUUCAAGGAUAACUGAUGAUAACAUCCAGCUUGUCCAACAUUAUCAUGGAGAGUCUCCAACAGUCAAAUUGUGUAUGAACAUAACAUCAUCAUUAGUUCCCUCUCUGCUUGUACACAAGAUUGUGAUUGACAGAGAACAUGAUAUAUGGACGGGUCUUCCCAAAAUUGUGAUGUCAUUUGGGGACCUUCAGAAGUUCUUUGAUAGACUCCAACUUUGGGAUGUUUGUGUAGGAAAUCAUGAGGAAGAGUUCACCAGUACAAUGCCAAAAUGGGGUACUUCCCACACAAAGACGAACCAAGUUCUUGCAUACCAUGAAGCCGAUUUCUGUGCGAAGCGAGAUGAUAUUGAGUACCACUCUACCAUUCGAUCAACCAAGUGUUCCAUGUUGACUGUUAGAAAAAGGUGUAGCCAUUGCUGUUUGUAUAGAAACACACUUCGAAAGAAAGUUUCGCGUUCAAAACAGCAAGAAUCAUCAUUUACUGAGAAGAAAACCACACCCCAUAAACAUAUGUCAAAGGACAUGAUGAUAUCUAAGAUUAAGGUGAUGAAAGAUAAAACACAGCACCUGCAAACUGAACUUGACAAGAUUCGACGCAGCAUAUGGAAGAGCAUAUCUGUGAAAGGACAGAAACUUAAUGAAACUGACAAUGUUGAACUUUUGGGAUUGCUGAAGAAACAUACAGUUGAUGUUGAAAAGGCCUUCCCCGAUGAGAACUCGCUACAGAGGCUUUUCUGGGAUCAGCAGUUGAAAUGUGUAAGUUUGACAGACAGAAGGCAAAUGAAAUGGCACCCAAUGAUCAUUAAGUGGUGCCUUUAUAUCCGAAACAAAAGCCAAAAAGCAUACGAUGCCACCAGAGAUGCUGGAUUUAUCUCCCUACCAAGCAGUCGAACACUGUUUGACUAUUCACACUGGUUACCUGCUGAAUGUGGCUUUAACUAUGCCUCUGUGUCACAUCUCAGGAAUGAAGCAGCCCAGCUGGGAAUGUUUCAGGAAGAAUGGAUGAGUUAUGUUGGAAUUCUUCAAGAUGAGGUGAAAGUGUCUGAGGGGUUAGUUUACGACAGAGUAACUGGUGAACUUGUUGGGUAUGUUGAACUUGAGAAAACUGGCAAUGACUUGUUGCAUAUGGAGAAUUUAAUUGCGAACACUAAGAAGAAACUAGCAUCUUCCAUUCUUGUAAUAAUGGUUAGAGGGAUUACUUCUUCCCUGAAAUACCCAGUUGCCUGUUUUGCCACAAGUGGGAUAACUGCUGAUCUUUUGUAUCCUGCUAUAUGGAAGGCUGUCCGAUUUUUGGAAAUUGAAUGUAGAUUAAAAAUUCUGUUUGUAACAUGUGACGGUGCAUCUCCUAAUAGAAAAUUCUUCAAUCUGCAUCACUGUGAGGAACUUCAAAACACGUACUGGACCUGGAACCCCUACUCAUAUCCUAGACGGAAGCUUUACUUCAUUUCAGAUGUCCCUCACCUCCUCAAAACCACCCGUAAUUGUUUUGCCAAUUCUGGAAGCCACAGCAAGUCACGUGACAUGUGGAAAGAUGGACAGGACAUCAGGUGGUCACACAUUGUUAGGCUGUAUGAAGAAUAUGUGGAACCAUCAAUUUAUGCUCAUGCUCACAAAUUAACCCGUGAGCAUAUUGACCUCACACCUUUUGCUAAAAUGAAGGUGAAUCUGGCAGCUCAGGUAUUGAGCAAAACUGUUGCGGAUGCACUUGAACAUUUGUAUGAUGAUUCUGUGAGUGAGACUGUGAAUUUUAUCAGACAGAUGAACAAAUUUUUUGAUUGUUUAAAUACAAGGAACUUGAAUGAGGCAGACAGGAAAAGAAAUACUAAUUUACGAGAAUAUGUGGAUCGAAAUGAUGAGAGACUUACAUAUCUGACAACUGAAUUUCUUGGUUAUUUCGAUGCAUGGGAAAGAGCUGUUUUGAACAGACAAGGGCCUCUCACGAAGAGUCAGAGAUCUAGAAUGAUGUUGAGCAAGCAGACACUGCAUGGAUUACGCAUCACGGUUCAAUCUAUUGUGGAAUGUGUUAGGUUCCUACUAGAUGAGGGUGCAAACUUUGUACUAACUCACAGAUUCAACCAGGAUCCACUUGAAGAACAUUUCUCUCAUUAUAGACAAAAGGGAGGGGCCAACAGCAAUCCUACUGUGUAUGAUGUGAAACAUACCAUGUCACAACUUCGUGUCAUUGGUUCAACUGCCUUAGCACCAAUUACAGGCAACAUUACAAACAAGAGAGGACAUAAUGACAUUCGAGUGGUUCACACCCCACUAACUAAGAGACAUAGGAGAAACUGAACAUUGACAUUUGUGAUGUUUAUUUAGUGAUGAGGGGCGGUCGGGUAGCCUAGUGGUUCAAGCGUUUGCUCGUCACGCCAAAGACCGGGUUCGAUUCCUGACAUAGGUACAUAUUGUGUAUCCCAUUUCUGGUGUCCCCCUGCUGUGAUAUUGC